UAAUGGGUGCUUGAAUUAAAAAGUAGAACCCCAAUUUCUCUGUGUCAGAACAUAAACGUUGUUCAAGGUUUCAACCUCUCCACACACGGCCAGCGGGGGGAUACAUGAAAAUGAUGCUGGGCGUUGCCGAGGACGAAGAUAAAUGGCUUGCGGAGGGGAUCGCGGGCAUUCAACACAACGCCUUUUACAUGCAUCGCUCUUUGGACUCUAACAAUCUCAGAGAGGCUCUCAAAUACUCUGCUCAGAUGCUAUCGGAGCUCCGCACCUCGAAACUCUCCCCUCACAAAUACUACGACCUCUAUAUGAGAGCUUUCGAUGAAUUGAGGAAGCUGGAGAUAUUCUUCAAAGACGAGAGCAGGCACGGCGUGUCAGUUAUCGAUUUGUACGAGCUUGUUCAGCAUGCUGGCAACAUUUUGCCUAGACUGUAUCUCCUAUGUACGGUAGGGUCUGUAUACAUCAAAACUAAGGAGGUACCUGCAAAGGAUGUUCUUAAAGAUCUUGUAGAGAUGUGUCGUGGUGUUCAGCAUCCAAUACGGGGGCUCUUUCUUAGGAGCUACCUUGCUCAAGUCAGUAGAGAUAAAUUACCAGAUAUUGGCUCAGAGUAUGAAGGAGGGGAUGAUACCGUGAUGGAUGCUGUGGAAUUUGUGUUACAAAAUUUCACUGAAAUGAAUAAACUUUGGGUUCGAAUGCAGCAUCAGGGACCUGGUCGUGCCAGAGAGAAGCAGGAAAAGGAGAGGAGCGAGCUUCGUGAUCUUGUAGGGAAAAAUCUCCACGUUCUUAGUCAGAUAGAAGGUGUGGACCUUGAGAUGUACAAAGACACUGUUCUUCCCAGAGUCUUAGAGCAGGUUGUCAACUGUAAGGAUGAACUUGCUCAAUAUUAUCUGAUGGAUUGCAUAAUUCAGGUCUUUCCUGAUGAAUAUCACUUGCAGACUCUUGAGACAUUAUUGGGUGCUUGUCCUCAGCUUCUGCCCACAGUAGACAUCAAAACAGUUUUAUCUCAACUAAUGGAUAGAUUAUCAAAUUAUGCAGCCUCAAGUACAGAGCUAUUACCCGAAUUUCUGCAAGUGGAAGCUUUUGCCAAAUUAAGCAAUGCCAUUGGAAAGGUGAUAGAAGCACAGGUUGACAUGCCUAUUGUUGGAGCUAUAAGUUUGUACGUCUCUCUUCUUACCUUUACUCUACGUGUGCAUCCUGAUCGGCUUGAUUAUGUGGAUCAAAUAUUGGGAGCAUGCGUCAAGAAGCUAUCCAGCAUACCCAAGCUUGAGGAUGCUCGGGCAACAAAACAAGUUGUUGCACUUUUAAGUGCCCCAUUGGAUAAAUACAAUGAUAUUGUCACAGCACUAACUCUUUCUAAUUAUCCGCGUGUCAUGGACCAUCUUGAUAACGGAACAAAUAAAGUCAUGGCAAUGGUUAUUAUUCAAAGCAUUAUGAAAAACAACACAUGUAUUUCAACUGCUGAUAAGGUUGAAGUGCUCUUUGAAUUGAUUAAGGGACUCAUCAAGGAUUUGGAUGGAACAGCUUCAGAUGAGCUAGAUGAGGAGGAUUUCAAGGAGGAGCAAAAUUCUGUAGCUCGCCUCAUACACAUGCUUUAUAAUGAUGAACCAGAAGAAAUGUUGAAGAUCAUAUCUACUGUGAGGAAGCACAUUUUGAUUGGAGGACCAAAACGCCUACCGUUCACAGUUCCUUCUCUUGUUUUUAUUGCACUCAGGUUAGUUAGGCAACUGCAAGCUCAGGAUGGAGAUCUAGUUGGGGGAGAAGUGCCUACAACACCGAAGGAAAUCUUUCAGCUCCUGAAUCAGACAAUCGAGGCUCUUUCAUCUGUUCCAUCCCCUGAGCUGGCAUUAAGGUUGUACCUCCAAUGUGCGGAGGCUGCUAAUGACUGCGAUCUUGAGCAUGUAGCUUAUGAUUUUUUCACCCAGGCAUUUAUUCUCUAUGAAGAAGAAAUUGCGGACUCAAAGUCACAAGUCACUGCAAUUCAUUUAAUAAUUGGAUCUCUACAGAGGAUGAAUGUGUUUGGAGUUGAGAACAGGGAUACUCUCACACACAAGGCCACAGGGUAUUCAGCGAAGCUUUUGAAGAAGCCAGAUCAGUGCAGGGCAGUUUAUGCAUGUUCUCAUCUCUUUUGGGUUGAUGAUCAAGAUGACAUUAAGGAUGGGGAAAGGGUCCUACUUUGUCUAAAGCGUGCCCUGAGGAUUGCAAAUGCUGCACAACAGAUGGCCAGUGUUGCACGGGGUAGCAGUGGACCAGUCACACUGUUUGUUGAAAUACUGAAUAAGUACCUUUAUUUCUUCGAGAAAGGAAAUCCACAGAUCACUAGUGCUGCAAUACAGGGGCUGAUCGAAUUGAUUCAUACUGAGAUGCAAAGUGACUCCACAACCUCGAGUCCUCCAUCAGAUGCUUUCUUUUCCAGUACAAUUCGAUACAUUCAGUUCCAGAAACAGAAAGGAGGUGCAAUAGGUGAGAAAUAUGAAUCAGUCAAGGUAUGAUCUGUCGGAGCUUGUGAAUUAAUUGCCAGAAACAAGAGGAUGGUCUUGAUUGCUUUGGAAGAGCAGGAGGUUUAAAUUAUUCUGUGAAGUUUUCAUUCAUCAAAACGUGUGGAGGGUUAGUUCACGUUCGGUUGCAUCAUAUGGAAUUUUCUAUCUUGCAUUAUUCCUGGGGUACUGAUUUUGGGAAAAGGGAGAAAAUGACAUUGCAUUUGUAUGAUUUCAAAUUUGAAUCCUCAUGGGAUCCUGGUCCUUUUCAAAAUCAUGGAAAGUGGUAGUUUUGGUUUGAAUUAGUCAUGACAAAUCGAAAGGAUCGUGAGUUAUUUUCAAACUGCUGUUGGCGGGUUCCAUCAAUUAUUUUUUCUUUGUUGCUUUUGGGUGUACGUAUCUUUGUAAUCAUUUUUCUGGCGGACCAAUAAAGUUUGUAAUGUUACCGAAAAGAACAAUUCUUUUGAAGUUUUUAGUAAUAUAAACUGUAUCCUAAGAUA